AUCUGCUUAUUUCUCCGUCAGCUUUCUUUUACCUCAACUACAGACCUAGUGCAAAAAAUGUCGUCUUCAAAGCGCAUUGUUCUCAUUACAGGAGCGAAUCAAGGAGUGGGUUUCGAGACGGCUAAGAACCUUGCUCUUUCCUCGUCCGAUUACCAUGUCCUCCUCGGAAGCCGCUCAGCCGAGCGCGGGAGGGAUGCUGUCACCCAACUCGAGGGCCUUCCAAUUGCAGGGACUGUCGAAGCCAUCCAGAUCGACGUCACAUCACACGACUCGAUAAACGCGGCCGUAGAACACGUCAAAAAGGUUCACAGCCGUCUUGACUGCCUCGUCAACAACGCCGCCGUCUCGAGCACCGCUCCCACAUCCACCGAACGCAUGCAAGUCAACCUCGCUACCAACGUGGUCGGGCCCGUAGCCACGACCGAGGCUUUCUUCGAUCUCUUGUCUGCGUCAAAAGACCCGCGCAUUGUUUUCGUCAGCUCGUCCAUGGGGUCGCUCACUCACGCCAGCGAUCCUUCUUCGCCUUACUAUAUCAGUAAAGUCGACCGUGACUGGAGGGAGUACCGCACUUCCAAAGCAGCUCUCAAUAUGUACAUGAUUGAAACCUACAAGAGGCUUGCGCCAAAGGGCUUUAAGGUCUGGUCGGCUGAUCCGGGCCUCCUUGCUACUGGCUUCAUUGGCGCUGAACAGGCGAAGCAAGUCGAUGCUGGGGAUCCUAGUCUAGGAGGUGAGCUUGUGGCGAGUGUGGUACGGGGUGAUAGAGAUGCCGAUGUAGGUAGGGUCGUCGGGCGGUAUGGUGUAGGCCUGUGGUAGACUGUCCAGUCAAAACAAAAGUUGUUAUGGAGGUGGCUGGAUGAAGUCGAGUCGUCAUGAACAGGCUUUCGCAGAUGGUACUAAAUACAGUCGCUUUCAUCUCUGAGUCCCCGGCCAGUUUUCCUACUGCGGCAACGCAUCCCCUACCUUAAUACUCUACGAAGACAAGCCCCGCACGACUAUAUAAAGCAGGUUAAGGGGCCCAAUACAAUACUGAUACUAAUUAUUCCCUCUUACCGCACAUAUAACGUUAGGUAUAUUGUAUUACCGCUAGUUGCUACGUGAAAUAUACAAACAGCUAGGCAAGAGCAAUGGGUUUCAGUAAUCAUAUUAAGUUUUUCUGGC